AUGGGCGUGUGUGUGCCGACGCCUGAAAAGACAGCCAAAUCAUUCACGUUUGCCCUUUUUCUCAAUGGAGACUCCGAUGCUAUUGUAUUUAACGUUCAGGACAAAGGCGAUAUUUCUGUAACACAAUCCGGUCAAGCGCAGACGCUGGGCGAAAAUAAGCACGAAUACAUCUGCCAGCUGUUGAAAAAGCACGCCAGCAUCCAAAUCACUCGGCCUGAAAAAAAGUGCUUUGCCUCCUCUGGCGUUUCACCCACCACCGGCAAACCCGAAGAGCGAUACCACGUUAAUUCAUAUCUCAAGACAAAGGAUGGCAGUUUAUUUUUCCUUCCAGGAGGAAUUCUUUUCGGAUUCAAAAAGCCUACCCUCUUUUUCCCUUUGGCCUCUUUAGCUUCCACCGAAAUCACCAACAUCACUCAGCGAACAUUCGAUUUGACGUUAAAACUUAAAGAUGGGUGCACCGCGCUCGGGUCAGGCAGCUAUACGGAAGCAACGGUCCAAUUCUCCAUGAUUGAACAAACCGAAUAUACGGCGAUCGAUGCCUACAUCAAAAAAUCUAACAUCAACGAUACGAGCAUGUCCGAAGAAAAGAAAGCACCGGAACCCAAGCCCAAGAAGUCGGAGCAAGGCGAUAAUCCAGCCGAAAUAGAUGAAGAAGAACAAGAUGAAGAUUUUCAACCGAGUGAUGAAGACCAUGAUCCUCUUGAGUAUGACACUUCGGCCGAAUCUGAAGACGAUCAAGACGCAGACAACAAUGAUGCAAGUGAUAUGGACGAGGAUUCACAGCAUGAAGACAAUGAAGACGAGGAAGACGAGGAAGAAGAAAACGACGACGAAAAUGAAGAGGAUAUCAAAGAGGAAGAAAGGGCGGAUGAUGAUGAAGUCGACCUGCUAGAAGACAGUGAUUGA